AUGCUGGAGACUAUAGACUCAUUCCCAGCUAUAGUUCAACCAUGGCUCAUCUGGUUAUCACAUCUCACUUUAGGUCAUAUCUGGAAAACGAUUUAUAACCCUCCUAACAAAAUAAAUUUGACUAUCGCGUUGAUUGUCAUUUCCAUAAAAAUACCCACAUAUAUAGAGUCAUUCAGAACAUGGAGACAAAGUAGGAGAGUAGUUUCAUUCAGAUGGGACCUACCUAAGGAAGCCUAUAAAUUCUGGAGAGGAGAAAUCAUCCAGAAUCCCUCUUUAUUCUCUCAUCAGCAAGAUGAUAAUUUGUUACCUCCUGAAACUGGAAAAACAGGUGAAACAAGGGAUCACAUAACAUGCUAUGACCCAUCAACCGGAUACCACCUUCUAACACUACCUCUUCUCUCCGAGUCCGAAGUAUCAGACCAAAUUGCCAACGCUCAUGCUGCUCAACCAGGUUGGGCCCAAACUACUUUCGCUCAACGUAUAUCCUUCUUGAGAAGUAUAAAAGCCUGGGUACUGAGAGACAUGGAAGGAAUAGUAAGAGUAGCAUGUAGAGAUACAGGUAAAACAGAGGUCGAUGCUGUAUUUGGAGAGAUAUUGACGACUCUGUCGAAACUCGAUUGGUUAAUCAAACAUGGCGAGAAAACCAUAUCACCUUCUUCCCGACCUGGAAAUAUACUGUUGGCGCACAAGGUAUCCAAAGUUCACUAUUCCCCUUUGGGUACAGUCUUGGCAUUAGUUUCGUGGAAUUAUUCCUUCCACAAUGCGCUUUCUCCAAUACUCGCUUCCCUCUUUGCAGGGAAUACCGUCGUUAUCAAAUGCUCAGAACAAGUAGCUUGGAGUACUCUAUGGUUCAUAGGAGGAGUCAAAGCUUGUCUGAAGGCUUGUGGAUUAGACGAAGAUGUCGUGCAAUUGGUUAUUUGUUUGCCGGAUGUAGCGGAGACGAUUACAAGGAAUAAGCUGAUCAAACAUAUCACUUUCAUUGGCUCGGAGCCAGUGGGAAAGAAGGUCGCGGCUGCAGCUGCCGAGAUUAUGGUGCCCACUUGCAUUGAGCUUGGUGGGAAGGAUCCUGCGUUCAUACUGCCAGACACCGAUCUGGACUUUUACGCUAGUACCUGGAUGAGAGGUGCAUUCCAAUCAGCUGGGCAAAAUUGUAUCGGCAUUGAGAUAUUCCUCGUUCAUCGAUCGCAGUAUCCUCGAUUCGUAGAAAUAAUGACUCCUCGGGUCCGUUCCCUAAGGCCAGGCAUCGAUGUUGGUUCACUCAUAUCUCACGCAGCCAUUGCUAAACUCGAAUCGAUCCUUUCAUCAGCUGUGAAGAGUGGUGCUCGAGUACUGGCAGGAGGGAAGGUUCACAAUCAUCCUGAAUAUCCUGAAGGAGCUUAUUUCGAACCUAGUCUGAUAGUGGAUGUCACCAUGGAUAUGGAAACUGCUCAAGAAGAGCUAUUCGCUCCUGUCAUGACGGUCAUACCGUAUGAUGAUGUCAAUGAAGCUGUCUCAUGGUUAAAUCAAAGUAGAUAUGGGCUAGGUGCUGGAGUAUAUGGGAAGGACAGGAAAGAAUGCAGAAGAGUGGCUGGGAAAUUGGAAUGUGGAAUGGUGGCUAUCAAUGAGUGA